GUCAGAGAUUUGGAAAUUUCCCUGAAACUCAGUCUUCUUCCGCGUCUGGAAAAUUUCAUAUCGGAAAGGGAAAUAAAUAAAGACUCUUUAAAAUCAGCUUCAUCAUUUUCUAAAAUACUUGUUCGCUGUGAUUUUGCUUCAUCUUAAAUCGUUGACCGUAGAAAUAAAGGAGAUGGCGAAAGAGGGAACAACGGUGAUCGGAGUUCCGUAUUACGCGGGACAGAAUCCGUAUCAGGCCGGAAUUGUGCCGCCGAAUGCUAUCUAUGGUGAUCCGUUGGGUGCUCCGAUUCAGCAAACGAUUUAUCGAGACACACCUGCUCCUUUCAAUUGCCUUUAUUGCGGCAACACUGGUCUCACCAACCUCAGAUCGAAACCUGGUGUAGCUGCUGUUGUUGCUUGCAUGAUGCCGUUUAUGCUUGGAUUCUGCUUUCUCUGCCCUUCAAUGGAUUGCCUCUGGAACAAACAGCACCAUUGUCCUCAGUGUGGGAACAAGGUUGCUGACUUUGAGAAAUCAGAUCCCUGCCUGGUGAUGGAUCCGCCACAGUGGAAGCAACCUAGUUUCGCACUCCCAGCAUGAUAAGAUGUCUUCUUUUUUCUUGUGAUUAAUAUUGCUUGUGAAGUUGAGUCGUUCUGUUGCAUGUACUGGAAAAAAUCUAAAAUCCAGAAUAACCCUAUAGAAUGUGUGAGAAAUGGAAGAUAUAUUCUUCUGUAUCGUUUCACUGAUUCAUGAAUGAACCCUCUAUUGUCUU